AGAAAAAAAUAAGACAGCAUGAUGUGGUUUACGACAAUACAACAAGAGAUUCCAUUCCUAAACGAGGAUACUACUCCGAAUUGGUUUCCGAUAUGUCAAAAGAAGACCCUUCUAAGGAUAUUUGCGCAAGAAAACGAAUGAAACUAAUUCUACAGGCUAAGACGGAUAAACUGGCGCCGACAUUGGUUUCACUGCCGAAACCUCAAAAACCGAAGAUUCUAUUGCCGCCGGGUCGGUGGACGACGUACAGAGAGGAUGAAAGCAUUCAAUUUCCAUUUGAGACAUUUGUGCCGAAGCUACAAUUUCUCAGCAUUGUGCUGCCGAAGGAGUUACCAAGGCUCGUGAAGAUUGAGCGCUUGCGAAGGAAAUUUCUUGCAGCUAAUAUCAAGAAAAUGCUGCAAGGUCUAGGCAUACAACCGUACUGGCUUCUCCCUCCGUCUGAGUUCCAGCUGAGCGACCAGGAGUACUAUGGGUUAUACAGCCCGUUCCCUAAGAUGGAACUGGAGAUUUUUGAUAACACCGACUUUGAUUGCCGCAUCCCGGAAGAGUGGCUCUCCCUGGGCAUGAUUGAGGGUGAGCAGUACCCGUGCCCCGGGCUGGCCUUCAUCCCUAAGGAGGAGGGCAAGGCAGCCAAGGGCGCCGGGGACACGAUACAGAUGCUCAACAAUUUGUAUGAGUGGACAAACGUGACUGCGUUCAGUUACGACAAGGAAACUGAUCUUUGGGAAGUGAUGGCGUUGGAUGGAACCAAAAGGAAAUUCAAGUAA